CGCCUCCCAAGUUUCCCCUCUAGAUGCACGGCCCGGGUGGCUCCUCUCAUCCUGGUGCGGAGGGACCCGGAGAGGCCGGAGGAGCGGACUCGGGACUCAAUUUCUGAGGAAGGGAACAGGACGGGCGCCCGACCCGCUCUGGGAGGGUGGGUGAACGAUGAAGGGCCGGCGGCGGCGCCGCCGAGAGUACUGCAAGUUCGCGCUGCUCUUGGUGCUGUACACAUUGGUGCUGCUGCUCGUCCCCUCCGUACUGGAAGGCGGCCGCGACGGUGACACGGGCGCAGGGCACUGCCCCGGCCUGCAGCGCAGCCUGGGAGUGUGGAGCCUGGAGGCGGCGGAGGCUGGCGAACGCGAGGAGGGCGCAAAGGCGCGGUCCGCCGCUGAGGGGGCCACGGGCCAGUCCCCCGGCUCCCCGGUCAACUUCAGUGGCGCCGUCGGGGAGGCGGUGUCUCGCGAGAAGCAGCACAUCUACGUGCAUGCCACCUGGCGCACCGGCUCGUCUUUCCUGGGUGAGCUCUUUAACCAGCACCCGGACGUUUUCUACUUGUACGAGCCCAUGUGGCAUCUAUGGCAGGCUCUUUAUCCGGGCGACGCCGAGAGCCUGCAGGGCGCGCUGCGCGAUAUGCUGCGCUCGCUCUUCCGCUGUGACUUCUCGGUGCUGCGGCUGUACUCGCCGCCGGGGGACCCCGCCGCGCGCGCCCCGGACGCUGCCAAUCUCACCACGGCCGCCCUCUUCCGCUGGCGGACUAACAAGGUCAUCUGCUCCCCGCCGCUGUGCCCCGGCGCGUCCCGUGCCCGCGCCGAGGUGGGCCUCGUCGAGGACGCCGCCUGCGAGCGCAGCUGCCCACCCGUGGCGCUACGCGCCCUGGAGGCCGAGUGCCGCAAGUACCCAGUGGUGGUCAUCAAGGACGUGCGCCUGCUCGACCUGGGCGUGCUGGUGCCCCUGUUGCGUGACCCAGGCCUCAACCUAAAGGUGGUGCAGCUUUUCCGCGACCCGCGGGCCGUGCACAACUCGCGCCUCAAGUCUAGGCAGGGGCUGCUGCGCGAGAGCAUCCAGGUUCUGCGCACCCGCCAGCGGGGCGACCGCUUCCACCGCGUGCUGCUGGCACACGGCGUGGGCGCUCGCCCCGGGGGCCAGUUCCGCGCGCUGCCGGCCGCGCCCCGAGCGGAUUUCUUCUUGACGGGCGCGCUCGAGGUGAUCUGCGAGGCCUGGCUGCGCGACCUGCUUUUCGCGCGCGGCGCUCCAGCCUGGCUGCGGCGCCGCUACCUGAGGCUGCGUUACGAGGACUUGGUGCGGCAGCCGCGCGCCCAGCUGCGCCGCCUGCUGCGCUUCGCCGGGCUGCGCGCGCUCGCCGCGCUCGACGCCUUCGCGCUGAACAUGACGCGCGGCGCGGCCUACGGCGCCGACCGGCCUUUCCACCUGUCGGCGCGCGACGCGCGCGAGGCCGUGCAUGCCUGGCGCGAGCGCCUGAGCCGAGAGCAGGUGCGCCAGGUGGAGGCCGCCUGCGCUCCAGCCAUGCGACUGCUGGCCUACCCUCGCAGCGGAGAGGAGGGCGACGCGGAGCCGCCCAGGGACGGGGAGACGCCGCUGGAGACGGGAGCCGACAGCGCCACGUAGCCUCUCACCCCCGCACCCGGGGCGGAUCCGGGUCAGUCACCAUGAACCGGAACACUCAGCAUGCUGCCCCAGCACUGGAGAAGCAACGCUGUGGAGGCAAUCUAUCACACUGUCAGAGACGGGGACUUGACUUGGGACCAACCACUGUGCAAUUCUGCUGAGCAGGAAUAUCCUAAGCUGUUAAAUAAUGACGGACACAUUGUUGGAGCCGAAAUUUCCAGUAAGGAAGUGACAGUGCAGUGUGGAUAUUUAUGGCCAUAAAAUAGGAAGAGCUUUAGUUCCCAGGCUGAGCCUGCCUCUGCUGGAGCCAUUUCAACAAGGCGUCCUCACAACAAAGAAGAGAUGUGAUUUGGUACCAUUUCACAUCAGAUGUCUGGACAAAACAUCAAUGUGAAUAAGGGUCAAGUGCAGUCCUGUCUAUCUUGAUUAAAUUACUUAACAUUAAAUAAAAGGUUUGGGGUGGUGUUCUAAACCCGACUCAUUCAGCUCUCCUUCAAAUAGCUACCCCCUCCCCACCUU